AUGAAUGAUCUGUCUUCUAGUUCAUUCAAGAAAUAUUUAGAUCUUAAGCAACAAGUUCACUUGGAUGAUGUAGAGGUUGGGGAAGAGACAGUGAACCUUGAUAACUUCUUUGAAGAUGCAAUUCAAGAACAAGGGCGAGGGCAGAUUAUGGAUACAAUGUCAGAUAUACAAGAGAGGCAUGAUGUUAUUCAGGAAAUUGAUAAGGGGAUGGUUGAGCUUCACCAACUAUUCAUAGACUUGACAGUCUUGAUGGAGGCACAGGGAUACCAACUGAUUGACAUCGAGAGCCACGUGGCUCAUGCCAGUUCUUUUGUCAUGAGAGGGGCUGAUCAACUGGAGUUAGCCAAGGAAUAUCAGAAGAGCUCAAAGAAAUGGGGUUGCAUUGCCUUUGCAAUUGCCGUCUUUCUCCUUGUUAUCAUCUUGUUUCCUGUUUUAUCAUCAAUCUUAAUUAAGAACGCAUAA